AAGUAUAGACUUAAUGAAACGAUUAUCAUGCCCGGCACUUCCAGUUGCGGUCUGGCUACCAGAAGAGAAUUACCACCUCACGAUAAGAAGUGCGUUGUACGCGUUAAAAAAUCGGAAGGAUUCAAAAAUAAUCAUGUUUAUAUAAGCAAAAUAGAAUUGGAGUUAUAUUACAGUGUUAGCCCGCGUUGCUUUAAAAUAGAAAGAAACGUGUAAAAAAAAAAUUUCUAGUUACGAGCUGUGUUUGGCUCGUGGAAAAUAGAGCUUGCAUACGUCGAAGUGCAAAGUAAUAUUACGUGUUUCGUGAAGUGUAUGGUGUCUCGUUUAUAGACAAUAGAAAAUAAACAAACAAAUUGUAUCAACAACGAAUGGAUAACACAUAAGAGUGCCGCAAUAUUAGCAAGUAUGAAUAAAAUACAAAAUAAUUUUAUUUCUUAUUAUCUUAUCGCGUAUGCUAGUGUAAUACUUGUAUCAACGACUUGCGGACAGUUCGCGAAUGAUCGCAACGAUUGAUUGUUUGCUUUGUUGUUCCGUUUCGAUAACUUUUGAAACGCACUUACAUAUAUCAGUUGCUUUUUAUAAAUUCAUUUUCGGGAAUGACAUAUCAGUGCACGAUAGAUGCACGAAAUAUAUGUAAAAUAUAUGUAUGUAAAGGAAUGCCGAUAAACAUUAUAUAAUUAUGACUGCUGGCGCAUUAUGAAGGCGGUUAUCAUUUAUCAACGCUCUCGUAUCCUGCACUUAGUCCAAGGAAAUGACACGUGUCAGGUAUAACGUUCCGAACUUCAUACGAAUCAUCGGACGGCGUAAAUGUAAUUAAUAACUGUCACACACAAGGACGACGAGAGGACCGAGUGAUCCCGCCGUCUCAAAUUAUAAAUUAUGGAGGAUUUCGCCGGAUAUGGAAAAAUCGCGAAAUGACGCGUGGAAUAUAAAGAAAGAAGAGGAAACGGGGAGGAACGAGUCGUAAACCACCGAGUUUUCGGUAAAUCGGAAACGAUCAAAACGAGAUAAUAACGAGAUAACCCCCCGUUCUUGCAAGUGCAAAUAAAUGCAGGACCGUAUCGCCGAUCAAUGGUAUACGCCGAACGUGCCGCUGCAAACUGCCGCGCCGUUAUGCGAGCCGAAGUUGCGGCCAAUACGACAACGACGACGACAAAGGCAACCGUAACCGGAGAUUGAUCGAGUGCACUUUACGGCGCGCGUUCGCUAUCGCGCUCGUCGCGGCCAAGUUCGUCGCCGGUGCAGCAACCGGUGCGAUGCGGGAAACCUGAGACUCGAUCGUUCGCGCAGACGGCGAUCACGGCGGUAUCGUUGUAUCGAAGAAACUGAGAAAGAGAGAGAGAGAGAGCAAGGAUUACAAUAAUGAUGAGCUGCAACGUGAUGCCACUGAAGAAGUACGCGGAAAUCAGUUACCGCGUGAAAUGCGUCACGGUGGAGAACGAGCGCGUCUUCGGCGACGUCUACGUCACCCAGCAGACGCGGGAGCUAGUUCACGAUCCGAAUCCCGACUAUGCGCAGAUCCCACCGAUGAUGUACAGGAAACGGCGGCGCAAUCUGAUACACCAGACGCUGGAUGGCCCGGAUUUCAUGCUGCUGAACAGCAGACGUCUAAGCGGAAGCGCCAACCGCACGGCCGCGAGCUCGCGUUGGCAAAGGCGCUGCAAGUCGAUGGGGGAUGCGCCGAGCGAGAUCGCGUUUAAUUAUGAGAAUGCCGGCAAGCACGACACGGCUGUCAGGAGGCCCAAGGUGUAUCCGCCACCUCUGCGCUGCUCGCCGCCGCGGGAAGAAAUCGCGAUUACCUCGCUGGUGGAUCAGCUACUGUUGGACAUUUAUGGCAUUCCGAUGGGCGACAGAGGACGUUCGGAAAGCGAUUCAACGGCUUCGUCCUUGAAACCACGCCCGCAACAUCAAUAUCUGCAGAAAGCCCGUCUGCUAUUGAAAAGAGAGGACGAACUGCAGAUCUUGCUGGUGACACUGCGCGACCACAUCGUUCACACAGGCGGCCUGCUUAUUCGCCAGCUGCGCCGAAAGGAUUAUCUCACUGCCAAACGUGAUAAACAGUGCGAUAUCAUUACGGCCUAUCUGCAAGCGCUCAGCGCCAAGCGAUUCGAAGACACGAAAAUGAGGUUCAGUCUGACUCCACAGCCGGGGGAGAGUGGUUUCAUACAAUGGCUAGACGCGAUGAAGAUGGUCGCCAGGUUGCAAGGAGGGAUACCGCCAGAAUUCCGGAAAAGAUUGUGGCUGACGCUGGCGGAACGUCAUCUGGAACAACGAGGCGUAGAUUGGAAGCAGGCCGAGAAGGUCUGUUUCAACGAGUGGAGUAAUCCCGACGACGAAGAGCUCGGCAUACAAAUCGUGAAAGAUCUGCACAGGACAGGCUGCAGCCUGUUCUGCGGGGCUGCCGGCCGCGACAAUCAGGCGGUGCUCCGUCGGGUCCUGCUCGGCUUCGCCCGAUGGAACAAGUCCGUCGGCUAUUGCCAAGGCCUCAACGUCCUGGCCGCCUUGGUGUUGCAAGUGAUGGACCGUGCGGAGUCCUCGGCCGUGAAGGUGAUGAUAUACUUGAUAGAAGGCGUCCUGCCGGAGGGCUACUUCGCCGAUAAUCUCCGCGGCCUGUCCGUGGACAUGGCGGUGUUUCGGGAUCUCUUGCGCUCGAGGCUACCGAAGUUGUCCAAGCAUCUCGAGGCGCUGCAGAGCGACGCGAAGGACAAAGCGACGGGCAGCAGCUAUGAGCCGCCGCUCACGAAUGUGUUCACUAUGCAAUGGUUCCUCACGCUCUUCUGCCACUGCUUACCGCAGGAAGCGGUGCUUCGUGUCUGGGAUCUGAUAUUUCUCGAAGGUGAUGAAGUACUCCUUAGAACGGCGCUCGCUAUCUGGGAAGGCCUCUCCGAUCGCAUAAUGACCGUGACGUCAGCGGACGAGUUCUACAGCAUAAUGGGAGUACUUACGCGAGAGAUGCUUGAAUUCACCGACACGAACAAUCUCAUAAAGAACAUCGUCAGCAUGGGACCUUUGCACGGUGUGACAAGUUUGAGGGAAAAGCAUCGAUACAAUAUCACACCGUGGGCGCGCAAGCUGAGUGACGACGAUGACAGCGAAACGGAAGAAGAUGAGAGGCUGGCUGUGGCGGCUGCCAUGUUCAACAUGGCCCAGCGUAUAAAGAAAGAUCGUCUACCUGCGACAAUAGGAGCGUUACAAGCGAUGGCGCCCAGCAGCGAUCGGGAACGCCUUGCCCUAGAUAUUAGCACGCUGAAGCAGCAAUAUGCAAAACUGCGAGAGCGGCAGCGGCAAGCGCACAUAAUACUUUCUGCCGCGUGCGCGAGACAGACCAUGGUACCUCCGCCCACUUCCACGGCCAUGAAUCAUCUGUUAGUGGGCAAAAAUGCCCUCGUAAGUGGAAAGAAUCGGCCAUUGAGUCUGCCGUCUGCCACUGCCACGUCGAAGUUACGACCGGCGGCCCUUCACAGCCCGAGAAGUCAAAGCCGCAGGGAGAGACAAGGUGUCACGCUUCACUGGAAAGACACGAAGAGGCCGAAACAAAGAGCCGGCGACGCUGGCGAUGCGGAGGCCUUCAGCAGCGCGUUUUUACAAUCACCUCCUGAAACGUCCUCGGUGACGUCACCCAGCCGAGGUGCCGUCGAUAGCGACAGUGACAGCACGUCGACGGAGCUGUGCGACGAGCCGGACCGCCUGAGUGACGUCGAUAGCGAGGAGCUUACGUCAGCAUCCGAGUCUUACGUCAUGGAUGACGAGAGGCAUUCUCGUGUUGAGAGUUCGUCGACCUCGGGCAGCACACCUGUACGCUCAUAUGCGAAGGGCGAGCCGACCGCAACGACGAUAACGACGACGACAACGACGACGACGACGACGACAACGAUCGAGGAACCACGGAUAGAGCCGGUUCUCGGGAUCGAACGCAGCGACGAAUCCCUAACUGAAAUCUCAAUCGCCAAGAUCACCGAUCAAAUACGAAGGCUCUCAGCGGAAGAUGACAAUAAUACGACGGUUCCUCAGAUAUUGAGCGCACGCGACAACGACGAGCUGUCAGUGGGCGAUUUCUCGGUUCAGACAUCACAGCCGAAGGAAACUGAAUCGAAGUCACGGGAUUCUAUUGACUAUACGUUCGGCGAGGACAAGACGAGAUCGUCGUCGAAGACUGUCGCUAGUUACGAUUACUUAAGCCUUAAUUCUAAUCUCGUCGAGGAGAAGACGGACGACAGUCUGACGCGCCGAACGGAUCUUUUGAAGCACCUGGAAGAGAAAGAAAAAGCCGUUCGGGCUAACAGCGAAGACGGCACGAGCCUUAAGACGAUUAUCAUGGAAAGUACCACGAGCAUAUUACUGGAUAGUUCUAAAGUAUUGGAACAACCGAGCAUCUCUUUAGAUAGGAAUUACGAUAAAUUCAUCACGAACUUAGACGUGGACGACAAGACCUCGGAAUCCCCUUCAAGAUUCUCUAACAAGGUUUAUCUAACUUUAAAGAGCGAUUUUGACUCGAGCGAUAUCACGAAGAGCGAGGACAUUGCGAGCAGUAGAGCCUUAGAUGUCACAGCGGAACGGCCGUUUUACACCCAGAGAUACGUCGUAGGCCACCUACCGAUCUCCCCGAUAACGAUCGAUAGCAAACUGACGAAAAUAUCGCACGACGUGCAUAACGUCGCGUUAAACCCAGAAGAUCCAACGAGUUCCGAAGCGAUUUCAAAGAGAGACACCUUUAUUGGCGACAAGCAGCCGACAAUACAGACAAAAUCGUACUCCGACCUGAAGAAGAGCCCGAAGUCUCCGGAGAGCACCAAGUCCUUCAGCUCCGGAGAGACCAUGGGUCCCGACUCGAAGCCCUCCAGCCUGACGGCGAGCCCGAAAACGCCGGUGAGAUCGAACUCGCGCGACUUCGUGAUAGACAAGUCGUCGGUCUGCUCGUCGAUCAGCUCGGACUCCAAGACUUUGAUCCUUCAUUCCGUGGGCUCGGAUCUCGUGCACGACAGCCCACGGCCGAUCGUGAAGAAGACGUCCUAUGAAAAGUCGAGUCCGUCGACUCCGAUCAGUACGGAUUCCUUGAAAAACAAGUCGGACGCCAGCCCGAAGUUGGUGAUCAGCAGUUCCAGCGACUCGUGUAGCCCGAGCAAAGUCAAGUCUUCCGAGAAGUCGUUCAGUUCGGAUCUGCAGUCGCCUGUGAGUGCCAACUCCAUAAGGUACACCACGAGCUACAGUAAACGCGGCCAAGAUAACGUGUCUUCGGACUCGCCGGCCGACCCGAGCACCUCGCCAUUCUACCCCAUCGCGAAUCCUAAUCAAAAGACACCGUCGCCGUACGGCAUGGGCAAACGAAGAUGCAGCGUGGAUAGCGCUGACACGUCGCCCGAUUUGAGAUCGAUCAGCUCAAAGGACUCGACCAAAUUGUCGGGCUAUCAGUCGAAACUGGAUCCCACCGCGAAACCGAUCGAGAUGGCUAAGGAAAGCGUGGUCAGCGAUGUAGUUUGCGAGAGGAGCGAUCUGUUCGUUAGACCGCAAUUCGGUCUGAGCUCAGAGCCGAGCGCACACGCUGAACUAAGUUACACAGCGAGGGAGAAGAGUAGAACCGAGCCGGGCCCUUACGAAUCGAUCGGCGGCGGCGAGUCGUAUCACAAGUGCGGAGACUUCGCAGACGACAAUGCGGACGAUCCACUAUCUGAGAAGGACGUGGUGCCUCAAUUACCGCAUGAAAAGCUUGACAAGCACUAUCUGAAUUACAAUUACAGACGCAGAGAUCGGUCGAGGUUGACCGAGAGGAGUUCCAGCAGUUUAGAAAGCAGAUUCACGGAUCUGAAGUCGUCCACCUCUGCCGACGAAUUCAACACGACCAUGGCAAAGAAGCGAUCCAGCGACAUCCUAGAGGAUAUGAAGCAUUUGGAAGCGAAGGCCUUCAGCGACGGAUCGCCCGAUACGAAUAUGUUGUCGAAGAAGACAAGUGACAUCUGGGAAGACAUGAAGAAUCUGGAAGCGAGACGGCAAGACACCUUCAGCAAUUCAGCGAGCGGUUUUUCGAAACGGCGACUGGAGAUACCGGAUAUCAAUAUAACGAGCGAAGGCAGGAAGUCUUACGUGGUGCAUCCGAGAAUUAACAUCGACGAAAACAGCGACAGUAUAUUGAAGAGUAUAACAUGCAACAAGGACAACGGCGACUCAGAUGACGGCAGGGAAUCAAAGGUGGGCGUGUGGACGAAGGUAAAGCCGCGGAAGAAAGGCGACAACGGGCGCAGAAGUAGCGACAGGGCGUUGAAGAUUAUUCAGGAAAAUUCAGCCAUACUGCACAAGAUUCUAGCUUGCCAAGCGAAGAAACGUCUGCCGGACCUCGAGGAGAUAUCGAAGGAGAUCACCAUCAGUCCGAUAAACGAGGAGAUCUCCAAGAUAUUCAGCCCGAUCCUCGAGAAGAUGGGUUUGAACGAGCACGAGAUCAACGAGGAGCUGGCCAGAAUCAAUUUCAAGGACUUCGAUAGCAUGAGCGCGACCAGCGUGUCGGAGUUCGACGCUAAGAUCAACGACGAGCUGUCGAAGCUCUCCCUCAUCGACGACAUGGAGCAAAUCGAUCACCUCGACGUGGACGAGGUCUACCUGGACACUCGGGAGGCGCUUAUAGAUCACAAGAUAAACGAGGAGUUCUCCAAAUUGCUGGCCAACUACGAAGAAGAGUCGCCGCCGAGUAUGAUCAACCUGGAGAAAGGCUCAUCCAGCCAGAACAUGAGCGAGAUGGAGGGCCUCGAUCUCACCAGCAUCUCGACGAACGUGUUCUCCUACCAAUCCUCCAACGACUCGAUCGAAACUAGAAGCGACUUGGAAUCCGCGCACGAUACGGCCGCGAUUCAGCCCGAGAGGUUUCCAUACUCGACGUCGAAGGCGACGUACGAGCAUGAUAUGUCGCCCAAGAGCGACAUAGAUAUCUAUAGGGAACUGGAGAAGCUCGACAAGAUCUCAUCCGUGCAUAUUUUGCCGGAAAGCCCCCUGAAAAUACCACCGAAGCGACUGUCCCCGAUCAUGUACGACGCCGCGCCUUACCCGGAAGUACCGGCCACAACGAGAUACGCGGUAUCCAAAACAAGCCCGUUCGAUACGUCGCCGUUGAAGAGCACUUACGAGCCUUACAAAAGCUUCGAGUUUGCGAGUAGGAUAUCGCCACGGGAGAAUCCCUACACCGCUUACGAAAAGCCGGGCGACGCUGAACUCGAGUAUACCGAUCCCAAGCCGAAGAUUUCCCUCGACACAUACGACCUACACCCGAAGAUACCGAUAUUGUCGAAGGAAUCGUUGGAGUUUCGUGUGAGGUACGAUGAUGAGAAGCCGAGGCAGAGUAGUGGCGAGUACACGACGACUGUCCAGGACGGCAGAUCGACGGUCUCCCUGAACACGACGACCUCGUAUUACGGUAAGGAUAACAACAAGGCGGUCACGCCGACGAAGUACGGUAGCAAAGAGGAAAAACGACUGGACAUCGGCGAGUAUUCCAGCGAGUACAAGUCGGACAGAUCGGAUCUGCUGCGUCACAAGUAUGGCACCUUGUCCCCGAAGGAAUACUCUCACGUUCGAAGCACGGAUUACGACAAACCUUCGUGUGCGUUACCGAACGUGAUGAUGGAAUCGGAGCCGGAUAUCGGUUCGUAUCUACCGACGAGGCACCGCGACUACAACGCGUUGUCGUCCAAUCGUCAAUACCGAGAUCAGUAUUUCCCACCCAGCCCGAACCACUACACCUCGAAACUCUCCCCGGAUCUGACGGAAGAGGUGAAGAGGCCUGCGGUCUUGCGUUCGGAAUCACCGAGUAAAAUCGUCGCCGGCAAGUACACGGAUCUGGCCAGCAAGGGAUCGAACUGUUACAAGAAGUCAACGUUGAGUCUCGGCAGCAUAGAAAACGCGGAGAAGAGCGACGAGAACGCCGACAGCAGUCCGAGCCCGAAGGCGCACUUCAGUCCUUUCCCCGUUAGAAAUAACUCUAGAAAGCCUAAAGAAUUGACGCUGAAGUUGGGCCUCUAUUCGCCGAAGAGUUCCGAGUACGGGCAACUGAAGAAGUCAUAGUGCUCAGUGACUCGUCGAGACGGCCGAGCUCCCAAUUUACUUCACGGAAAUUCGCGCGCGAGUCGCAUCGCCGUUGCGAAAGGGGACAUUCGUAUUCGUUAGUCAAUCGUUUCGAUAGAUCCUUACACUUUAAGCGAAAGGGAGCGUCGUACACCGCGACGAUGCGCGUUUCGGUGCGAGUCGAUUUUCCGAAUUUUAACAAAGUGGGCCUAAAUCGUCGCCUAAUCAUUCCUAGAUCGUGAUUCUCUCGAUACUGUUAGACAAAUUAGGUGACGUAAGCUUAAUUAAGUAGUAACGUAGAUUUAAGACGACGAUUAAAUGAAAUAGAGUUGUGAAAGUUUCUUUAUCUUCUCAGUGCUCGGUCGCGCGAAUAGUUACAGAUUACUACGAAUGAUUUGCUUCUUCUUUUCUUCUUCGCCAAAUGGCAUGCGAGUUGGACUCUUUUCGGCGGAGAUCUAAUGCUACGUAUAAAUAAAUAAUGCAAAAAAAAAAGAAAACGAAUAUACAGAUUGCAUCGCGUAAUGUAAUCGCGAUAAGUGCGAAAUAAUAUAUCUCCAUGAAUGCAAUUAAAUUUGGGAAUAUUGCUGAAAUAAUACGUCGUGCGUUGUUGACACGAUUACGAAAUGGCAAAUCCCGGGCAAAGCAGAUUAAUGAUAAAUCCAAUUUCCACAUCCGGUCGCAUGUAUACCCGCUUUCUCUCACCUUUAUUUCAUCACUAAAGGACAACUCUGCGCACUUCACUGAUAUUCGAGUAUUCGCGUUCAUUCAGAGUGACGUUUAAACGAAGUUCGAGAAACUUCGCGCACACUUUACUCUAAUGUUCUUAUAACACUUGAAACUGUCGCAUAAAUAUAAUUGCUAAAUUUACGAUGAAAUGCCUUCGAAUCCCUCCAGUUGUCAACUAUGCCAAAACUUUUCCUACUUGAGACGACUUCCAAACCUAUUGCGAUACCUGUCAUAAACUAACGCUUAACUAAGAGUAUCUUAUGCAACGCCCUUCUCGCAUCCUCUUAAUUGUGCCAUACUACAGCAGAGUAUUGCGAGGCGAUACAUUGGAAAUGAACGAAACUUCGCGACGAGCACCUGUGGUAUGACAGAAUUCUCCCGAGCGAUAUAAGCGAUAUAAGCGAUAUAAGAGAGAGAGAGAGAGAGAGAGAGACACGAUGUAAAUUGAUAAAAAUUGUCAGGAUGGAGCUUAAUUUUUUGAUAUAUGUUUGCGCAAAACUGAUCGUACGAAUAUACUUCUAAGCGAAUUGUGCACUACAAAUUAGAUGGUAAAGGGAAGGCGUAAAUUGUAUAUAUAUAUAAUCCUCCAUCUAUAUUGUAUUACAUGUUACAAAGCAACUUUAAGGGGUCCUUCAGAAUCUUUUUAUAUAAAAUAAAAGUAGUAUUUUUAGAGAUGUUUCUAAUAAGAAGUAUACAUACACUAUAUUGCAGUAUUGAGAGCCGGCUUGCUUAAAUGGGCAGCAGCUUAAGUGCGAAUAGAAACAAGCCUGUUGCUACAAUUUCGAGUCCUUGCUCACACGAACGGCUUCAAUUCAAGAUCACGAGACGAGGUAAAUCGCGCAUUAAGGGGACACGCAUGGGACAUUUUUCUAUUUUAUCGUAGCGAUUCGAAUGUUUCGCUGUCAUCGAGAUAUUUAACCGAUCGGUUUACAGCGUGCUUGAAAAAGUUAAGGGAACGCUUCAGUAACUCGCUUGUACAGUGUGCGGAAAGAUCGCUGUAUAGUUCAUUCCUCAUCACCUCAUAAUUUUUCACAUCGAUGUACUAAGAACCCGACGCAGUUUUACGGUUAGCCUACUAAAAUAUUUCCAAAGAUCAUUUGGAGAAUAUUUGCCCAAUCAUCUGUGAUAGAAUUUAGAGAACGAAAACACACGCGUGUUAUGACUUGAGAACGCUGUAAUACGACUCAAGCUAUUGAUUAUUUCACGCAUUGUUUCACCGACAUAUAUAAUUUAACGACAAAUUAAUUUCAAACAUUGAUUUCUUUCAUAUUGUAUCUGAAAAUGAGAGAUGUAAUAAUGUUCUAAGAUUUCAAUUAAAAUCUCCACCAACGAUUAUGCAUACUUAUAUAUGCUAUAAUUAUACGCGUAUUUUUAAAAUCGGAAAUUAUUAUUAUUAUUAUCCGAGAAAUCGUGUAAUCUCGGAAUUCACAAUGUAGUUGUUGAAUAAUUUUCCAGGAAGAUACGUCAUCCUACCGAAGAAAAAUUCAGCUCACUUUCCGCUCAACAUUCUCCCUCACAUCCAUUUUACCUGAUGACAACAUUACACUUGUCAAUUGCAAGCGUGCGACAUAUUAUUGUGUAAGGAACUAUCGAUAAAGAAAGCAAACUUCCAGCGUAUGCAUAUGACAAAAUUUGCCGAAAUUUUUUCUCACCCGACGGAGUUGAAACGGAGUUUCUCUUGCGUGAUAAUAUCUUGCCUGAUUUAUUAACGAAUACCACUGCACACGCGCAGGUGGCACCUGGUAAAUAUAUUUUUACGCGCACGUUAUAUUACCCUCUUCAGAACGCAUCACACACACCUUGGGACUUGAGCGCACAGAGAGAAUACGGUAUCAAUUUUGUUCCGUUUGUCGCAUUGAAUUCAGGAAAUACGGUUGCAUUCAGGAAAUCCGAAAGUAGUUUCAGAUGCCUGUGAAAUCCAGAAAGUAUUCGCGAAGAUGCUGAAACGGGGCGACUAAGCGUUUAAAUACAAAAAUAUAGCCUGUACGAUAAAUAAGAAAAUAGUUAAUUGCUAUAUCGGAUAAAUUAUAGUAGAUAAAACCGCAUCGUUGCGCACUGUUGCUAAUGUUACACGAGUUGUUGGUGUCGCGUUCCGCGCUCCUUCAUCAUCAUCCCGCGUCCGAGGAGAUUAGGUUCACUUUGUUAAACGCUUAACCUGGGGGAAUAAAACUGCUCGAGACAAUAUAUGUGUGUGUAUGCACUCUCUCGGUUCAGUUUCACGACGUUACUCAAGUUUCUCAGACGGGGGCAUUUUUUCGAUACUUCUCGAACGACGCCGUUAUACGUUGCAAUCUAGACAAAUGAAUAGCGUUUUUCUACCGGAUCGAGACGGCGGGAUCGAUCGAUCAGAACUCAAGGCAAGACGAUGCGCAUAACUCGGACGGAGAUAUCUAGCUAGUGGCGAGCGAGCGAAACGCAAAUACUAUCGAUGGGCCCUCAUUCAGAUGGAAAAAGUGGUAUAUUUAAAGAUUAAGAGCGUGUACGAAAUUGUUACGUGACGUUUUGCGAAAGAUUAUUGUAUAUACGUGACGAAUACGAGUCGUGCCAGAUAUAAGACUGUAUAUUUGAAACGCAUAUAGAAUGGUAAGUCGUUAUGGAUAAAGAAACUGAAUAAAAUAUAUUGAGAA